AUGAUGUUUGAUAUUGCAGAUGUGAAGACACGGUAUGGGGAUGUAUGUGUUGUUGAGGAUAGCAAAGACAAGAUCAUUAUGGAUCUCUUUUCUUAUAUUGAAGACCUUACAAGGAAACUCCAAGAGGGGAGGGAUGAGUUUGAUAAUCACAAGCGGCUUAUAGCCUCAUUCAAGGAAGACAUCAAGAACCUUGAGAAUAUGCGCCGUGAUCAGGCUAAGCUGAGUUUUGUUUCCGUUUUGGUUGAUGGAGAUGGUAUGAAUUUUCAUGGAAAUCUCGUCAAAGAUGGGAAGCAUGGUGGCCUGGAAGCUGCACGGCUCUUGAUCCAGGCUGUCCAAGACCAUAUUCAGAAAGUUGACCCAGAAGCACCGCCAAAUAUCAGCUGCAAGAUCCGUGUGUUUGCUAAUGUUGAAGGUCUGACGGAGGCCUAUCGUAAUAACAACAUUCUCAGUGCUGGGGAAAGCUUGGCCUCGUUUAUUCAAGGGUUCAAUCAGGAGAAUGCAUUAUGUGAUUUUGUGGAUGCAGGAAAUGGAAAGGAAUGCGCUGAUGUUAAGCUACGAGCACGUUUUGAGCAAGAUUUUAUUGACGUACAUUGCCGAAGGAUUAUCUUCUGCGCCUCCGCGGACAACAGCCAUGCGCGUGUUCUCAGCGCACACCGAGGAUCGAAACGCAUCUCGCUCGUCAAAGGGCCCCCUUUUGCCAAAGAGAUGGAGGAAUUAGCAGCGGGUUUCAAAACCGACUCUUUUGAGAAAGUGUUCAUGUCGAACAAGCUGAAGACCACCAGAAGAGUUUCCUUCAGCGCUACAAAUACCGCUAUUACACCCCCGGGGACACCUACUCCCAACUACGCGUCAGCAGCGAAGGCAACUCCUCCGACACAAUCAUCAUCGCUGCUCGUGAGUUCUCCAGCGCACGGGGCGAGCAAACUAAGGCCGCCAGUAUGUGUGAAUUCCAGAGGCCAACGAGUGGACCGUCCCUCGCGAUAUUCAUCCAAGGAAAAUGUAGAGACGCUGAAGCGCAGGAAACUGUGCAACCAGUUUCAUCUUCUCGGAUCAUGCCCCUAUGGCAACAACUGCACACACAAGCAUGGCCCGCCCCUCAGUGCCACGGAGACAACCGAUCUGAAGCAUAUUGCCAGAUUAUCCGUCUGUCCCAAUGGUAUCUUUUGUGAUGACGUGACCUGCGUCUGUGGACAUCGUUGCCCGCAGAAUAAUUGCUCUGGUCGUGGUUGUAAAUUCCCCGACAGCAUGCACGGAGUUGACACAAAUAUUGUCAAGACGAUCUGA